AUGCCACAAUCGAGUUUAGAAAUGACCAAUACUACCGUUGCUUUAGAUCAGACAGAUCAGUUGAUGCACACGGCCGAAUUUGGCUUGCUGAAGCUUGUUCUGGGAUCAAUACAGGCUCUUUUAGUUCUCGUUUGUGUUCCUUUGUUUAUUCACAAGCAACAGCAGCCAAUGGUUAAAUGCAGGUCAUGGAAAUUGACCAUUUUGGGAUGCAUUUCAAUGACCGUGGUAAUGUAUAUCGACGCAUGGCUAUCUAUGGAUGGAUGGGUUAGUUACGGCAUGCAAUCUCGCCUUUACUUUUUCAAGCACAUUGGAUCAUUUCUUUUAUGGUACGGUCUUGGGUACCCUGAUGAUCACUCUCACACCAUUGCACAAUUUUACACUCGGACCAUACUGGCUUUUACAUCAUCCUUUGUAACGUUUGCUGGGUUCAUGACCAAUGAGAAAAAAAUGAUUGAUAUUAGUAUUAUAAUUAGCACAUUACUGCUUUUUUGGACAGUAUUGGUCGACUUGGUGGUUCCACUUCGGCUUAUGAUUUUUUCCAAACACCAUCGAGUUGUCGAUAUUCAGCAUCGUUCCAUUGAAUCACAGCAAGAGCAUGGAGUUUCCGGCCCAACUUUGCUUGAAGAUCACAUCAUCCACCAGCAUCAAGAUUGCCUGAUCGAAUCUAGUCAUCAUCGCGAAUCCUCAGCAUCUACUCUUAACCCUACAAUGGAUCUUGUCGCAAACUCUCAGCUAUCCAUUGCUCAUAUCUUGAACAGUAUGACGUUGUACGAUGCGUUUGGUUUAUAUUUAUCACGAGAAUUCUCGUUAGAAAAUCUGCUGUUUUUAAAAACAGUGGAAUUGUACAAGCUUCGGGUAUCAACAAAUCCCGCCCAUGUGUCUUUUACAUUACUCACUCAACCCAUUCACAAUGAGUUUGUUUGUCCAAACUCUAUAAACCAAGUCAACCUACCCAAGUCGAUUGUCAGCCGAAUAGAGUGCAAACUAAGGGCUUUAAAAGAUGAGGAAGCACUCGAAGCGAUUAGAAAAACUAAUGCUGUGAAUCCAAUGGCGAUUCAAAUGAAAAGCGAAAUAAUCGAAUUGGCUUCGAGUAUAUUUGAUGAGGCCGCGGAGCACAUUGAGCAUAUGCUGAUUCAUCAUUUACGUCGAUUUAAAUCAAGCGAGUUUUUUCCAAAAUAA